UAUUCUAGAAAUCAUGACAACCUCAGGAAAAGAGAACUUCCGAUUGAAGAGCUACAAGAACAAGUCUCUGAAUCCUGAUGAAAUGCGUCGUAGGCGAGAGGAAGAGGGCCUUCAGCUACGGAAGCAGAAAAGGGAGGAACAGUUAUUUAAGCGCAGAAAUGUUGCUACAGCUGAGGAAGAAGCAGAGGAGGAAGUGAUGUCAGAUGGAGGCUUUCAUGAAGCUCAACUGAACAAUAUGGAGAUGACUUCUAAUGCCGUCAUCACCUCUGAUAUGAUUGAGAUGAUUUUCUCCAAUAGCCCAGAGCAGCAGCUCUCAGCCACUCAGAAAUUCCGGAAGCUACUUUCAAAAGAGCCUAAUCCACCAAUAGAUGAAGUGAUCAGCACACCAGGAGUGGUGGCCAGGUUUGUGGAGUUCCUCAAACAAAAAGAAAAUUGUACAUUACAGUUUGAAGCUGCUUGGGUGCUGACAAACAUUGCCUCUGGAAAUUCCCAUCAGACUCGGAUUGUGAUUCAAGCAGGAGCUGUCCCUAUCUUCAUAGAGCUUCUCAGCUCAGAGUUUGAAGAUGUACAGGAGCAGGCAGUAUGGGCACUUGGCAAUAUUGCUGGAGACAGUACCAUGUGCAGAGACUAUGUGUUGGACUGCAAAAUCUUACCCACUCUAUUGCAAUUACUUUCAAAACAGAACCGUCUCACCAUGACCCGAAAUGCUGUGUGGGCUCUAUCGAACCUCUGCAGAGGGAAGAAUCCUCCUCCAGAGUUUGCCAAGGUUGCACCCUGUCUGAGUGUGCUGUCCUGGCUGCUCUUUGUCAAUGACACAGAUGUGCUAGCUGAUGCCUGCUGGGCCCUGUCAUAUUUGUCUGAUGGACCUAAUGAUAAAAUCCAAGCUGUGAUUGAUGCAGGAGUGUGCAGAAGACUUGUCGAGCUGCUGAUGCACAGUGACUACAAAGUGGUAUCUCCUGCCUUACGAGCAGCCGGGAACAUUGUGACAGGGGAUGAUAUCCAGACCCAGGUAAUUCUGAAUUGCUCAGCUCUGCAAAGUUUAUUGCACUUGCUGAGCAGCCCUAAGGAGUCUAUCAAAAAGGAGGCAUGUUGGACAAUAUCCAACAUUACAGCUGGAAACAGAGCACAGAUCCAGACCGUCAUAGAUGCCCACAUUUUCCCAGCCCUCAUAAAUAUUUUGCAAACAGCUGAAUUUCGGACCAGGAAAGAAGCUGCUUGGGCAAUAACAAAUGCAACAUCUGGAGGCUCUGCUGAACAGAUCAAAUACUUAGUAGAACUGGGAUGUAUCAAACCGCUCUGUGACCUCCUUACAGUAAUGGACUCAAAGAUUGUGCAGGUGGCACUGAAUGGGCUGGAGAACAUCCUGAGGCUUGGAGAGCAGGAAGCCAAGCGUAGUGGCACUGGCAUUAAUCCCUACUGUGCUCUUAUUGAAGAAGCAUAUGGCCUGGAUAAGAUUGAAUUCUUGCAGAGCCAUGAGAACCAGGAUAUCUAUCAGAAGGCCUUUGAUCUGAUUGAGCACUACUUUGGGUCAGAGGAUGAGGACAGCAGUAUUGCCCCACAAGUGGAUCUCAGCCAGCAGCAGUACAUCUUCCAGCAGUGUGAGGCUCCCAUGGAGGGCUUCCAGCUCUGAGGUGCCCCAUGCCAUCUGUUCCUCCACCCAGACAGUCCUCAUGUAAAGCCUUGAGUCACCCUUGGAGUGAUUCCGUAACCCCUUACUGUCCCCAUCUACCUGAGUUCCCUUCCCAUAUUCUUCCUUGGGUGCCUCCUUGGAUGCCUUUCUGAGCUGCAUUCAGUCCUGACAUAAAAUGUGUCAGAUUAAUUAUUUUGCUUUAUGUGCCAGCCUGGGCAUUGGCAUAUGGAACACUUCACAGAUAUUGGAGUAAACUCUGUCCCCUGCAACUACAGCCUCCAGUGGACAUGCUUUCUAGUUACUAGACACAUUGAACACAACUGAACCUGUCCCGUUACAAAACUGAGCUCCCUAUCUGGACUCCACAGGCCACUUCGGAGAUCUGGACUUUUUCUCAUUCUCUCCUUUCAACCCAAAAAGGACUUGUGAGUAGGUCAGUCUUAUCACCUCCCUAAAAGCAACUUUUGUAACUGGCUUCUAAAAUGGAGAAACUACCAUACUGCCCCAUCCCUAACACAAUGUGGCCUCUUUGUUAAAGUUGAACCCUUCCUAACUUCAUGCUUCUGAUUCUGGUCCUCACUAGCUUAGUCACAGAUGAUAUAUCUCUACCCACUCAUCCACCCUUUACAUUUUUCUAUGCAGCUUAACUUGAACUGGUUUCUGUUCUGUAAAUUACCUUUUGAUGUAAAAUCUUAGCGUGCUAAACUGUCAGCGCAAGGAGGACUCUGUAGUGAUAGCUCUCCUGACUACUUUCAGUCUCAUGAAGUAGAGCUUCCUGUUUAAUGCCCCUACCAGCCCACCCCAUAAAAUAGAAACCUCCUGAUCAAGGUCUGUUUAACAAAUAUACUGUGAUACUACAUCCCAUUUUUCCAUUUUCCCCUCACUACUCUCAUGGCCUCAGAUGAAUUAGCAUGGAAUAAAUGGUUCCUGUAGGUCGCACUUGUAAGGCAUUGCUGAGUGCAUGACUGCUGUAAUUUACAGCUAUAGUCAGCCCCUCUGCUAGCAGCAUGUUUUUGACUCUGCAGCCUGCUUGGAUCACAAGCAUCUAAUGCAAAGGUGGCAGUUCAAUUUCUAAAUGUAAUGGAUUCAUUGGGCUACAUUCUCUCAAGCCAUUUGGGACCUUUGGAAUACACCUUUUCCCCAGAGUAAAUGUUUCAAAAGUUGCCCCUACAGCAAGUGUCAUGCAUCUGUGGUAAAUCCUAUUGGCAGAACUGUCUACAAGAUCCUUCUUACGGCUUCAUUCAAUGACAAGUCCCUGCAAGAGCUUCAACCACUCAUAGGAUACAGGUUUAAAAAAAGCAUUUAUCAAACUGCUGAAAGGCCUAAGCAUUAACUCUGUGUGACCCCUUCUUUAAACAUAGUCUUCAUUAGAACCUGGGCUUUAGGAUGGAAACUGAUGUGUGGGCAUUGAAGAAAGCCACCUGUUGCCUCCCUUUCUAAUCCAAUCAGCCUCCACCUUCCCUGUUACUUUCUCUAGUGCUGCUUUGUGCUCAAGGAACAUUUAGUUUACUGCACUUGACCUGCAAGUCAAGAAUUGACUUAAAUUCUUUGUAAUUUUAAAGGUUAAAUGAGGUGAUUAAUUUAAAAACAAAACGAAACCCCUCUGUGUUGCCUUUACAUCAUAUGAUAAAUAACUGUUUCUCUUUCUUGAAGGGUAACUUGAACUGAACUCUUUCUAGAAGCACUGAUUAGUAGCAAAAUCUUGUUUUGUCAUUUGGAUUUUUUGUGCUAUAUUUUAAAUGUAAAUUACCAAUAACAUGUUAUUUCUAUAGAAUUUGUUUAAAAUCAUGUACUUUUUUUGGAUGGUAUGAAAAUGCUACAUAUUUUGUAAACAAAUCUAGGCAAAGUGUGUGUGUGUGUAUAUAUAUAUUGUGUAUAUAUAGAUGUAUUAUUCUGUAUGUAUACACACAUGCACAUACACACAUACUUCGUGUGUUUUCUCCCCCAGGCUAGUGAAAACAAUAUGGUGCAUUGUUGUAUAUCCUUGCCCUUCCCCCCGCCACCCUAAGGAAAUAAUGGCAGUUGCCUCUAAAUAAGUGAAUUAAAACAAAGUCCAUUUAAACUGAGUGGCUUGCCUUUCUAUGUAAGGAACCUGGCUAGUGUUUCUGUUACUUAUGCCAGUGGGUAUGUGAAAUCAGAGCAGAAAGAGAUCCAUUUUUAAUGGGAAGGAACAUAGUCUAGUGCAUGGAAGAGGGGACUGAGAGUCAGGACUCUUGGUUUCUGUUCCCAGUUCUAUCAUGUAGUAUGUGUAGCCUUGGGGAAGUUACUUUACCUGUUUGCACCUCUCUUUAUCCAUCUGUAAAUGGAGGUAUUCAUGUUUGAGAUCCUCAUCCAAGUACCCUCAUCAGCCUAUGGUCUUAUUUCAGCUCUGCCUCACUCCUUGGCCUUGCCACUAUUGCUCACCUUCUAACAGUCUCAGUGCUUUAAGCUGGGCAUUAGCCCCACUUCACAGAAGGGAGAACGCAGGGCUGCCAAAUGUCACACAUCUGGUAACUCUGCAGCUCAGCCUGUCACACACUUGACUGAGCUACAGGCGGGAGCUGCAUUUCCUCCUCCAGCCACUAAAAGCUGCUGUGGAACCUGGCAGGAAACUAGGCCCCUGCUUGAUCCAAGCAGGGAAGGAGCAGCAAAGGCAGCAGUGGUUGUGGUGGGUGGUUGGCAGGGACAGAAGGUGAGGGGGACUCAAAACUACCCACAAGCUUCGGCCAGCAUCCUAUCUCCUUGCUGGAGCACAGGCCCUCCAGCUUGCAACUUUUUAAGACCUUCUGUGCAAUUUAAUCUGUUCCAGGAUCAGCACAAGAGUCCAUCAGUGCCAUCUGGAGUGAGUUUUCCGGGGGGACCCUAUGCCAACUUUAGCAAUAGGAUAGUCUCUUCCCUCUCAAAUGCCUGGGUCCUGGAAGGAUGGUACACUCUGGCUGCAUAUGUGGCCAUAGGCACAGGGCUCCUAGAUUCAUGCCUGAUAUAGGCAGCAUGGUUCAAGCCUUUAGUUCUUCCACAGCACAUAGCUCUGGAAGACACCUGCCACCUUCAGCCAGACUGGGUUAUGGAGCAUGUGUUGUGGAUGAAUAUUUCACUUCUUCAGGUAAAUGUGACCCUGAGCCUCUCUAUGGACCAACCAAAGAGCAGAUGGAUAUGAAAUAGCAUUCUGCAGAUGAUCUGUGCUCCCCUCAAUCAGUUUUGAUUUAGAGUUGUAGGCUCAGAUAAGGGAUUUUGUUGGUGUAUUGAGGGUGCCUCCCAUCAGCCAAACCAAGUACCUAGGCCAGAAACCCACUUUCCAGCUCUUAACCAUUGGUUGUUGAGUAACACUGCCCUGGAAGCCAUAACACUAGGAGAGAGGCUAUCUUGUUUGAAGACCACAUCUGGAAACAUGGAUUCCUUCAUUACCCCCAUGAGAAACAUGGAGUUUACUUUACCUGUGCUGAUGCUCAGGUGCCUGCAAAAACAACACUAAAUCAUCAACAGUUCAGAGGAGGAGCAUAAGGACAGCCCUAUGGCCCAGCCUUUGUUUGAAAUUCUAGAACCCCACCAGGACUAGAACAAUGUAAAUAUAAAAUGGUAACAUCUUCUACAUUAACAUUAAUUGUCUGUAAACUAAAAUUGGCUUUGCAUUAUUUUUGUCAGAUAUGAGAAAACAUUGGUAUGACUACUUGUGUUUCAGAAAAACAAUAAAAUAAACUUUAUAUCUUCA